AUGCGGGGGUGCUGCAGCCCCGCCCGUGUGUCCCCUCCCCGCAGCCUUCCUGGUGGCCCUGGGAGCCCCGACAGUGCGCUGAAGCUGAAGCUGCAGCCCUCGCCGUGCCAGAGCCUGCAGCGGGCACUGCUCUGGGGCGAGAAGGCGGGCACCAGCCUGGGGCUCAGCAUCGCCGGCUGCCCGGGCUACGAGAGCGGCCCCGGCGGCCCCGGGCUACGAGAGCCGGCGCCGCUCGAGCGGAUCCGCCGCGGCCCCGACGGGCGCUUCGUGCUGGAGAGCGACCCCCCCCCGCAGCCCGCGGAGCCCCCGGAGCCCGAGGAGGAGGAGGAGGAGGAGGAAGAGGAGGAGGAGGAGGAGGAAGAGCCCGUGUGGCGCAGGGGGGUCUCGCUGCGCCCCCACCCCUCGGGGCAGCCCCGGCGCGCCGGCGACCACCGGCACGGGCGUUAUUUCGGCUACGGGGGGAGCAGCAGCAGCCCCGUGGCCGAGGAGGGGGCCGGGGCCUUGUGCAUCAUCGACGUGAGCCCCGUGGCCUCCGCCGCGACCACCAGCACCACCAGCAGCACCACCCUGCCUUACAGCCCCGCCCGGGAGCCCCCCGAGCCCCCCCCGGGCCGGGACUGUCGCCCCGCGGCCCCCCCGGCCAUGAGCGGGAUCCUGCAGUACCUCAGCCUGCCCUUCUUCAAGGAGAUGUGCGUGGACGGCGACUGGCCCCCCCAAGAGGAGGAGGAGGAGGAGGAGGAGGAGCCCGGGGACCCCCCCCGUGCUGGCGGGCACCCCCCCGCCGGCCCCCCGCCCGCGCCGUGCCCGGACUGCAUCGACACUUGUGCCAACGCCACCUCCCCCCCCGCCACCCCCGGCACCGCCGCCCUCCUCCUCCAGCCCCCCCGGCUGCCCCUGGGACCCUCCAAGGCCUCGCUGCCCGGCUCGCCCGCCUGGCCCCGCUGUGCCCCCCCCCCCCCGCCCCCCCCCCCCCCGGAGUCUGAGCCCCCGGCGCGCCCCCCGGCCCCCGGGGCCCCCCCCCCCGAGCAGCUCCCUCGGGGCAGCCUGACCAGCCAGAGCAGCGGCCGCGGCAGCGGCUCCUUCCUGCGGCCCCCCUCGCUGGCCCCGGCCCCGGGGGGCACCUUCCUGGGCAUCGGCAAGAGGUGAGACACGGGCGGGACCGCCGGGAGGGGCCGGGGCGGGCCCGGGGCGGGGCUGGCACGGG